UUCAAUUCGUUAUCGCUGAGAGAGAGAAGAGAAGGAGAGGUCAGCACACUACCUCUUCUUUGAAUAUUAAGUGCAUGACUCUUUCAAGACUGACUAAUGACCACUAUCAGGCAGACUACCUAUCAAACUGUACGUAUUGCAUCAAACUCCUUACCAAAUAGGAACGUGCACCUCUUCAUAGUUCAUUGUUAAUUGUUGUCUAAAUUUGGAAAGACAUACAGUUGGUUUAUUGCUGGUUGUGCAUGAUAAGGUCAGAUCAAGGGCUAGUUUCUUUAUUCCCCAGUUUAUAUCAAUUGCAACAGGUGCUCCUUACACAAGAGGGUAUAUAAUGGUUCAUUUUCUUCAUUCAUUCAAAACACACCUUUUCUUCAUUCUAUGUCUCUUAUCACAUCUCGUCUGCACAUCACCAAAGUGUCACUCGCACAGCAUUUGCUCAACCCUAUACGACAUAUGAGUCACUUCAAAAAGCCAUACCUUUCAUUAAACAAUUCAAAGCGUACUAUGGCCAUGACUACAUCUCUAUACGGUAAUCUGAUCAACAAUACGAAUGAUACAGUCAAUCCACUGAUUGAUCAAACCAAUGUCACUCGCUGCUGCAUGUGUCACCAGAUCCUCAGUCCACAUGGCUCAUCCAUGAUAUUGAGUCGUCCCUCAGGUAGUAACAAGAGAAUGUGCGUUGGCUGCAGACAUUUCUAUGGUAAACACUGGAAUAACCCCAAAAUUGUUGCCAUCAUGAAUUCAUGGAUAAUAGCAGGCAGUGACGACGUGUUUUGUACAGUUGUUAGUAAAAGUGGGAAAAGAAAGUUUGAUUAUAACAGUUACCUAAGCCAUAUAGUCACGGUCCAUAAUAACUACUUUAUGAACAGCAACGAAUUACAUAGAAAGGUUAAAAAUCUUCACAACAACAUGAAAAAAAGACAAAAGAAGAAGCCAGGCUAUGAAAAUCAACAUGAAGUAGCUACCAUUUGCGAACUGAAAGAGAUUAUAAAGAGCUCAAAUGGGAGAUGUGCUGUCAGUGGUGCAAUGGGCUCCUGGGUACAUGGGAUCACUUACAAAGAGCUAUCUUUAACUUUGGACCACUACGUACCUAUAUCAAAGGGAGGUAGCUUCGACAUAAGCAAUCUGCAACCUAUUUUAGGGUGCUUGAACCGAGUCAAGUCAAAUAGAAGUAAUGCUGAACUAUGUCUAUGGUUAGAGAGAUUUAAAAACUCUGUUAAAAUUGAUAAAAUCAGGUUUUAUUGAUAUUUUAAUCAAAGUAAUACAAUAGUCCAAAGAUCAAUGAUAUAAUAGACUUAUAAUUGAAGUCAAUAUGGGGUUAUUCUAUCAAUAAACGGCUUAAAGUCAUAUAUCCGAAAUAUCUUCCGAAGAGAGGAGAGGGGGGUUAGGUUAGACUGAAAAGAAAUAGUACUUGGUAAAUAUGCAUGCAUGAGACAGAAAAUGGUAUUAUUAUGUAAACAUUGAUGAUGCUUUAAUUUAAAAAGCCUACCAGUAACAGAUGAGGAAAUCAAUCAAUUGAUUAACAUCCAUCAAAAUAAAAAGAAAAU